AUGACGACCGACUUCGUGCCCCCGCCUGUUCCCCCGGGCCAGCAACCCCAUCCUUACCUGCACGAGCCCGUGCUGUACAUCACAAAUCUUCCGCAAUAUGUGAAAGAUGAGGAUCUUGCGGUCACAUUCCAGAACUGCGCACCAUUCAGGCCUACCAUUCCACGCGAUGGUUCUAACACACUUCUAUCGGGUACGAUUGAGUUCAAGUAUUUGGAGAAAGCCGAGAAGGCACUUGCAACCUUACAGUCGCGUCCGAUCCCAGGCAUUCAGCCUCCAGUCCUUCUCGCAUUGUCGCCAUAUCCUUCAACAACACCUCCCACGCCCCUGCCCCCGCCCUCUGCUUCGCCACGGCUUGUCAAGCAUUUGCCUCCUGGAUAUACAGAUUCGCAGCUAUACGACUUAUUCCGUGCGUUUGGCGCGCUUGCCUCUGUCCGCACGCAGUCGCCCUUCGGCAAAGAUACAGGCGUGGUGGAAUUUUGGAGGGAAGAAGACGCGCGGGAGGCCGAGGAAGCCAUGCACUGCGCCGACGUUGAGGGCCAGAAUAUUGCCGUACAAGUGUAUCAGCCCCGGCGUGCCGGUGCUGGUGCUACGAUCAGCGAGUUCAACGCGACAGCACCGACUUUCGUGCCCACUGGCUCAGUAUUCCCGUACCCCACACAGUACUCACCACCUCGCACCACGCCAUACCAUCCUCGUUCCCCGGUCUUCGUGCAUGGUCCGGGACAACAAGUGCAGCUAGCGCCUCUGUCUGGACCAGGAUCGAGUAGUCACAGUGGUUUGAUCGAUCCUUGCAAUCUCUUCAUCAAAAAUAUCGAUACGACCAUCGAUUCAAAUGGCCUUUUCACACAUUUCCGCCAGGUAGUCAAGUUGUCUCUGUUUACUUCUGCGAGAGUGAUGCGCAAUGAGAACGGAGAUAGUCGCGGGUUUGGAUUCGUUUCUUAUCAGAUGCCUGACCAAGCUGCCGCUGCCAUGCAUUCCAUGAACGGAGUGCUGUUAGGCUCCAAGCAGCUUGUUGUUCGUUUGCACGAACCCAAGCAGCUGCGUCAAGAAAAGCUUGCACAGCGCUUCGCCGGGCAUAAUGGACACCCAAGGAGCAGCAGUGGUGCAACCAGUCCCACGGCAAGUGAAGCGGGCGAGAGUUACGCUGGGUGGCCGAGCCCAAGUCACCGCCCUGCACCAUUAGGUUCUCCAAUUUCGGGACACAGUGACCGGCCUGAUCGAGCCAGAAGAAGUUCCGGUAGCUAUUACUUUGCGGCCCUCUCAGGCACCUUGAACUUACCAAUGCGUUAUGAUGAUCUUUCUGCGCUGUCCCCCGUUGUUCGGAAAGAAGUCCUGUCAGGCGAGCUGAGCAGGCGUAUCAAAACUAUGAGUAAUGUUGCGGCAGAUGAGCUGGAUGCAGUUGUGGAUUCCAUUGUGGCGCUGCAACUUGUAGAUGUUUUGCAAGGCAUCCAAGACCCUGUCAAACUCACAGAACAGAUCCAGGCUGCCAAGGGAGCUCUCAAUGCCUCGAAAGGGUCAUCUCCCUCACCUGCCAAAUCCUCAUCUCCUUCUGCGUCUCUGGAUUCCCGUGCAUUAGAUCUGACCGCGCCCAAUGCCACCGCAUCUGCUCCUGAUCAUCCUUCAACACCUAUUUCCAUGCCGGCGACAUUGUCUACGCCUCCACGUACGGAGUCGCCCUCCGGUUCUGUCGCCCCCACAUCGGAGAGGGAUCGCAUGACGGCUGCUGUCGCCAAACUGGAGUCAACACAAAUUGCUGAGCUCACCGAUCUCCUCAUGAGCUUGCCUAAACGCGAACGUGCCAUGUGUUUGUUUAAUGUUGAGGUGUUGCGAGCGAAAAUUGCCGACGCGAAGAUGGUGCUCGAGGUCGACGAAGGCGCGGAAGAGCAGGCUACCAAACAGUCCCUACCGGAGCCCCCCGUUACCCCACAAGCGAAGAAGAUCGCGACGCCUCUGGAUGCUUCACCACAGACUCCUGACCUUUCUUCUCGAGGCCCGUCUGCGACCGCAUCCCCUGCUCCUGUUACCCCCAGCCACCCGACUACGUCCGUCAGUACCACUGCUACUCAUACAAUCGCAUCUCUUGCGCGUCUGCCCGCAUCUGAGAUUAUCAAAUUGGCAAAUUCAACCUCGGCGACGGGUUUGCCAUUACCAAAAGCUGAUCCAUUGGUGGUGAAGGCCACAGACGAGUUCAUGGACGGCUUGGUGGAUAGGCCCAUCCAGCAACAGAAACAACAACUUGGUGACAAAAUAUUCCGGGUCGUCAAGUCGUUUGGUAUCAAAGGAGCUCCAAAAGUCACGAUUGCGCUUCUCGACCAGGACGACUUACGAUCUCUGGCUCACCUCAUGAACAGUUACCCUUCAGUGCUUAAAGAGAAAGCGCUUCUGGUCCAGGCCGGCAGCGCCAAGUAG